GGUAUCACGGGGGCCCAUGAGAGUGUCAACCCUAUAGCCUCAUGUUGUUUUAAACCCCAGCCAGGACUCCUGAUUUCUUGGAUUCCUCGCCAUUAUCGCUCCGCUACAGCCCGCAAGGAGAGUUCAAACUUACUCCCUCAGAACCCCAAGUCGAAAUCAUUGGAACUCGGCGAUUCACGCCGUCGACUACGUGAUGCCGGAACGAGCCCCGAGAGGAUCCGCGCUGUUGAUUGGUGUCGAUCACUACUAUGGCGGGACCACGAACCUCUACGGCUGCGUUGGCGAUGUCGAGGCCACAGACACGCUUUUGCGAAGCAUGCCCGGCGUCAUUACGAGCAUCGUCAAACUCACAUCCCCGAACCCCCCAACCGCUGCCGACCCCGCGACGCUCCCGACGCUGGAAAAUGUCGUUGCCGCCUUCAACAAACUUGCCGAGGAGGCUCAGGCCGGCGACUUUGUCUACAUUCACUACUCUGGCCACGGCACGCGCGCCAACACCAAGUUUCCGGGCCUGAAACAGAACCGCAUCGACGAAGGACUCGUUCUCAUCGGCCCCGACGAAGGUACCGAGCGCCGCAGAGCAAACCUCCUCCGCGACGUGGAGAUGGCAUGCCUGCUCAAGUCCAUCGCCGACAAGGACGCCGUGGUAACCCUCGUGCUGGACUGCUGCCACUCGGCCGGGACCGUCCGCGGGCGCAAACGCGUCCGCGGCGUGGACAUCCCCGCCGCCUCCCUUGUCGAGCGGGAGCCCAUCGCCCCCGAGGCUGCCCUGCAUGCCGCCUGGGUGCCGCCGCCGACCGGGACCGGACGCGGCGCCACCACCAUGCGCCACUGGCUGACCUCGUCCAAGGGGAUCGACUUCCUCGCCGCUUGCCGCGCCAACCAGCUGGCACAGGAGACUACCUACGAUGGAAAGGACCGCGGCUUGAUGAGUGCCUGGUUCGGAAACGUCAUGGCGGCCAAUUCGGAGCGUUUGGGCCAGCUGGGCUUCCGCGAGGUGUAUAACCUCGUCGCGAAGAAGGUGGCGGAGCACCGCGAUCAAGACUCCCCUCAGGAUCCGGUCCUCGGCGGCCGCCAAAACCGGUCCUUCUUUAGCACGGGUCAGGUCGAACCGCACGUUCCGGCAGUCACCAACGUCGAGCGCGUGUCCGACGGCGGGGUCAGGGUCCGCAUCACGCUCAACGUCGGCACAGCCCACGGCGUGCACGAACAAGACAGGUUCGCUCUGUAUCCCGCCGACCGAGAGUUCACGGACCUUGUCUCCUACCACGGGGAACUGGCCAUGUGCAAGGUGGAGGAGGUGAACGACCUCACCUCGACGGGCGUGCUGACGGUGCCCGACGGUGGGGAUCGAGACGCGCCCGAGAUCCAGGCCGGUUGCAAGGCCGUGAGUGUCCGCGAUAUUCUGUACCGUCGCGUCAUGGCGCCGAGGGGGGUGCGUGUCGUGCUGGCAGCGGAGUCCGGAGCGUCUGUGGCAGAUGCCCAGAGGAUUGAGGCGAAGAUCAGACGAGAGGGCAGGCUCGUCAAAAUCGCAGACACUCGCGAGCCGUUUUUUGACGUCGAAGUCAAGUCAGACCACCGGUUCGCCAUCAGAUUCCAACCAGACACGACGAUGAAUAGGGCCGUCGUAGAAAUCGACUCGGCGGACAAAUUAGUGCCGUAUCUGGCGCAUCUAACCGUGUAUUAUAACCUCUUGCAGCUAUCCAACUCGGCGUCUGGCCUUGGCUCGGCAGCCGGUAGCGGAAUAUCGGUUCAAGUUCUGGGAUGGCUCCCCGCAGGAGAGGAGCCUCUGGAGCCGCGCACGUUCAUGGAGGAUGAGGGUCCUGUGGGUGAGACGGGCGUCAAGCCGUUCGCGUCAGGAAGACCAAAUGAGGUCGGAGACAACGAAAGCGUUAUGAUCCGGGUGACGAACCGGGGAUAUCGGCCCGUAUACGUCGAGGUUCUCGAUCUGGAACCGUCCUGGAAGGUCUCCAGGAUCUACCCGAUUGAGGAUGAGGAAGCACCGAUCCAGCUUGCCCCGAACGAGAGCACCGACCUUUUCGUCAUCAUGACGGAGCCGGCCACGAUCACCAACUCUUUCCAGCCCAACCCCUGCGAUGCCAUCGUCGUCCUCGGUUCCCCCGCCGAUCGGAGCAACUUUCCCGGGGAGAUCCUGCCACAGCUUGACAGGGCAGACGUGGGCGAACCUGAGCCCAUCCAUGGCGAUGAGAGUGGUCGGCGCGGCCGGGGCGUUGCCAGGCCCAACUGGUCUGUACAACGGGUUAAUGUGCGCGUGGGCCGGUCGGCGGCGGAAACGUCGGACUAGUUGGUGGGUGAGAAAGUAUGCCGUAACUCGAUAACUACCUAGAUAAUUAUUG